AUGUUACUAGGAACGUCAUCACUUUUGGAAGAGUUUGUUUCAAAAGGUAAGCCUUACACUCAGAUUCCGGAUCAAUGGACGCAGCCUUUGCACCCGCCCGGCCUACGCGCGUCCCUAUUUCUAGUAUUAUUUACACUCGAAAACAUUCUGAAUAAUUUCAGUUAAUUAAGGUCAGUUGAUUGACUCAUUGGCUAUAAAUUAACACAAAAACCAGAGUUAACGUGAAUUCCAAAAAGCAGUUGUUGUAAUGCUCCAAUCGGCAGACGUACAAAAAUAGUGGGAUCCGCGCGACCAAGUGCAUGCAAAGUGCAGUCCGUCCAUCCAUCCGCCGUCUCGAAAGCCGUCAUGACCUUCACUGAUCAGGCCGGCCCCCGCCCUUCCCACAACAAUAUAGUAUAACAUGGGGUAUACGGUACAAAAUAUUUGUCAAAUGACUCAAUUGAGGUUCGUCGAACCUCUGUUUGAGGGAUCCAGGGAACGGGCGGAGGUGACGCAAUAACCAGAACAUCACGCGACAAUGACUCAGCACAAAGACAACCGCACUGUACGAUAUAAAUAAAAUACUUAGCGAAGAACGGAGCAUUCCUCCUUUUCUCCCCCAGGUUUCGAACUUGGGCAACUAAGAGUUCAGAACAAGUGCUGACUUGUAAUCAGCGUGUAGCCCUGACCUCAUAAUCAGAAUCACAAAUCUCCGACCCGUCACUUUUUUUCGCUGUGCCCAGACAUUUCACCGGCCCGUUUCUCUCAUCAAUCCCCAUUAAUAAGACAAGGGUGGAGAGAGGUUUCGUCUCGGACUAAGCAUUUUUAGUCCGGCAUUCUUGGUUUAAUACGACAUGAGCAAAGAGUUUAAAACGUUUGAUGUCUAAGAGAUCACUAGGAUUAAACGGGACGGAAACAGCAUGCAUUGCGGGAGACUAGACCGAUAGAUAAAUAUCACAAAUUAAAUAUUUUUUAUUUUUGGGUGUUUAGGAUCUUGAAGAGACAGUAACAAAGAGCAACAGAUGGUUGUACUUUUAUACUCUGCACUGAUAAUAUUAUCGGGAAGUUCCUUGAAGAGUAAUUUUGAUUAGAAAGAGGAAAAGAUCCUAGAUUUUUUGAACUGACUUUUUAUCGAUCUUGGUGAUAAUUUUUCCUUUGAAUGUUCACGUGUAGUUAUUCGGAGAAAGCGAUUUUAAUCGGAAAACAGCUUAGCAAAAAGGAAAUCUUUUCAUUGAUAUGAUGGGCAAAUAGGUUGAGAACCAAUUAUAUAAAAAUACAGUAGUCUGUUUGGUUAUGUUGUGAUUUUUCGAGGCUUAUAGUUUGUAGAGUCCAAGCCGAGGCCGUCGCCCUAUUUCUCACGUUUUUUUACCGUUCAAGUUAACAAAAAUAACAGCGAAAACUUGUUUGAAAGUUAAUUAAACAGUAUGAAAACUUAGAUGGGUUGAUGGCUUUUGGAAUGACCGGAACGAAUUCCAAAAAAAACGCUAUAAAGUUCGCUCUUGAAGCGUCAGCUCACAAUCAAUUAAUUUUUUUACAAACCAAAGAAACGGUAAAAAUAUGAGAGGGGGGGGGGUUGGAGGUGGCGAUAAAAAAAAUGGAGGGGGGACCGGAAAGGAUCAACGAAAACAUACAAAAGAAAAAGAAAACGGAACUGGGUCAGCCGCGGGAAAGUUCAAGGAUUGUGCGACGACUCCCCGUCAUCUGACGUCAUUACUCUGGACUUUGGGACACCGACUGUUCCUUGAACGAACGCUGACCCAUUUGUUGAACCGCAACUUUCGAAUGUAGUUUUGUUGCGCUUAAAAAGUACAAAACAGCCGUAACCCGAUCGGCGCCAGCCUUCUCGACAAUAACCCUUUAAAGGUCAGUUGUCGGUGUAAAAGGCUGCCGUUCCUCACGCGUAGACUCGUUUUUUAAACAUCACACCUUGCCAUCUACAUAACUAUAUUGUACAUUGUCAGCCACAUAGGAAACAUGCCAAAUAUUCCGUGUAAUCUUGCAUUUUUGUGAUUCCUUAACGUUCUGACUAACACAUCGGUUGAGUACUUGAUAAAAAAAAAUUCGGUCGUCAAUGGGCAACAAAACAAGUCUACAUAAAAAAAGACAUUUUGUGAUCAUAACAAGGUUAAUCGCCGUAGGCACGUGCCUCCAUCUUCUGCAAAGGUCGUUUAAUUUUGAUUUUAAAUUAACCAAUUUGCAAAACAGAAGAGACUCUCAAGACUGAAAGAAGUAGGUCAAUGUUAUGAAAUAAGUGUAAAUAAAUCAUCAGAGAUAAUCUAAAACAAAGAAAACAUUAGUUUAAACUUGAACUAUUAAUUAAUGACAUUUCCAGCACCCCCACGAAUAACAAGCCCAACCGAUGAUCAAGAACAGUUCGCCCAAUUGGGUCAGAACAUAAAAUUACAUUGCAAAGCACAAGGAAUUCCUCCGCCCGACAUAAUCUGGACCAAGGUAAGUGCCGUAAUUAGUGUCUAACAACUCUAGUAAUUAAGUAAAGGAUAUACAAAAGACGGACGUCAGAGGUCCCUUAGGGCACAUUUGUAAAAUUAAAUAAAUAACAGAAUAAGCUCCGAAAAGGUGUGAAAUCUGCAAAAUUUAUAGUAAUUUAGAACAAAAAAAAUCCGGUAAGUAAACAAAAAAUUUAUUUUUGCAGUCUGGACGUGUUGUUGGCCAAAACCCGAUUCUGCAUUUGGAAAACUUGAAGAUCACGGACCAGGUGAGAGAAUAAAAAAGUGACCAAACAGUUCGAAAUAUUACAGGGAAAAUACGUUUGUCAUGCCUCGAACGUGGAAGGAACCGAUCGUUCCGCCACGCUUCUCCACUUUUCACGUAAGUCUUGGGGCUCCGAUUUGUUGAUGGACGAUGGGAAGAAAAAGGCUUUCCCUUUACCGACCAUAUCGGCCGGCCAUUUGUCAAAGCGCUGAUUUAUGAUCAUGUCUUUUAAGCGUGUAGAAAGUUGCGUAAACCAUUUGAAUCAUAACUUAAGAAAGAGGGUGCUCUGCUAUAACCCUCUGUUCAUUAGAUUACCACUGCUCAUCGGAAAAAUAAAAAGGAUCAAAUUUGAUAAUCCCUAAAAUUUUUCAGAAGGUCCCAUCAUCGAUUACCCAUUGACCAACAAGACGGUCAUUGAAGGGUCCAAUGUUUUCUGGCAUUGUGCCGCUUCAGCCAAUCCUCAGAAUAUGACCUAUCGAUGGACAAAGGAAGGUGUAGCUAUUAACACCAUCGCAUUAGGAUUAAGGGCCCAUGUUCAGGUAAUUGAGAAUCAAAGGAAACAAUCUUGUUUAGGAUGCUGAUUUUGGAAUCAGCAAAGUUCACCGAGAAGAUGAAGGUUGGUAUGAAUGUGAAGUCUCCAACGGGUUUCCACCAUCUGCCAAGAGUUCGGCUUUUUUGAGUGUCCAAUGUAAGGGCCAUGUUGUGUUAAAGUCAUGUUUUUAGACAAGCCUGAACUUGGCUCUGAAAGUAAGACCAUGUAUGUCUUGGGCGAAGGAUCAGACGGCCAAGUACCAUGUAAUAUGGUGGCUAAUCCACCUCCCACUAAUGUUUACUGGUCAAAAAAUGGAUUGGUCUUAACUGACACAAACCAAACGUCUCGGUUUAGAAUUAAUGGGACUAAUUUAUUUUUCUCAAAUGCUACAUUGGAGGACUCUGGAAUGUACGCUUGCUGGUCAGAAAAUGUGGUUGGGAGAAGUGAGGUCUACGAAAUGCAUGGUAAGCAUGAUUCUACAGUAUUUUAUUAUGUUAUUGCAGUCAUCGUAACAGCUCCACCAGUAUUCAGAAAAGAGCCCCCGUCAGAAGUGAAACUAGAAAAGGGGGAAGAUUUUGAAACCGUAUGCGAUGGAUACGGAGAUCCUCCACCUUCUCAAUAUUGGCUCCACAAUAUGGUAUCUAGAUCACAAACAACUUUACUUCUUUUAGAAAAGAAUUGAAGGGAAGAACCUGAAAAUUACAAGUGCCUCCCACUCCGACCAUGGGGAUUAUCAAUGUGUUCUGCUCAAUGAAGUGGUCGCAGUCACUCGGAACAUGUCGGUUACCGUCCGCAAUACGAAACCUCAAUGUAUUAAUAAUCUGAGGCUGAAUUGUCUAACUGAAAAUGGAUUCCGGAUUGAUUUUGAUCCGGGGUUUGACGGAGGACACGAACAGAAAUUCCGUCUUUUUUAUACGGAAGUCCAAAAUAUAAGUGGAGCUGAGGUUUUGGGAGAAUGGUAUCGAAGUGAUGAAUUCGCGGACUCAAGUGUAGCACUGACUGAUUUAAGACCCUUCACAAGAUAUCGCUUGGUAAUCAGCCCAUCAAAUGAACUCGGAAGUGUAAACUGCACGGCAACUGACAAAUUUAGUAAGUUUUCUUGGCAUUUGUACCACACACAAACACGUCCUUGAACUCACUUCCUCCGCUCUAGCAUGCUCUUCCUUGAACCCACCAUCGUCGCUUCGGGCGUCAAAUGAAUAUUUAGAAUGGAAUGAAGUGCCUUAUGCCAUGUCUUAUCGAGUUUCGUACCAAGCAAAUCCAAACGGUGAAUAUAAAGUCAUGGUGUGUUUUAGAAUGUACAUAUGGUCUAUAAGUUAAUAUUAAGGGAGAAGUAAUCGACAACCGAAUCCAUUUGAAGCCAGAAGCGUUGGAUGAAAUGGCCUCCACCAACUUCUUUGUACAAUCAGUUCGCCCUCAUUAUCCACCAUCCCAGCCGUCAGAAGUGAUUACUUUCAAACAACUCAGUAAACUAAAAGCUUGGUAAACUUAAUCCUUUUAGUGCCACCAACAGCAAUAUACACCCAUUCCUCAGUGGUAAUCAUGGCCGUUUGCAUGCUCUCGAUCAUUCUUUAUAUUUUCGGCAAGAAUUAUUGUAAGAAAAACAAACAGAAGAAGAAUCCAAUAUAUUCGAGUAAGUUUGAAUAAUCCUUUUCUCAACAGCGAUGUUAUAGCCAACCAAUUCGCCUAUAAAAACGGCAAUGGCCCUUGUUACUGGGAAUCCGAAGCUUUAUAUUCCACUGAUCAAAACGGCACAGAAUUCGAGUUUGAUGACGAUGGAAACCAAAUUGAUACCAGCAGAACGACUCCGGAUACAAUGAUAAAUGAGAUGUUGAGACAGAAAUAUAUUUAUUCCAAUGGAAACCAAGCUCUCGGGGCACUCAGGGAGAAUCUUCACAUCGAGAGACUCAGGAAUGAACUCAGGCAAUCAGUCUUAUGA